GACUCUGAUGUUAACAACAACGCAAGUAAUUCUACCACCUUCUUAGCAACCAAAACUCUUUCUAAAGAAGACAACUUAUCUACAACUAUUCCGGAUAUACAAAUUAAGAGAAAUGGCAUUGUCACAUUGGAAGAGAGUCGCACUCAAGGCUUGACAGUCUCUGACUUGCUGGUUAACAAAACAGGUUCCUUUAACACCCAGAACCCACAGGAUCAGUGCUGGGAGACAUAUGUUGGUCAAGAGAUGCUAAAGCUUUCAAUUAUCGACAUGAUUUUCACAGUCGCAAGCAUCCUGCUAAUUGAUUUUUUCCGUGGACUGUGUGUCCGAUAUUUAAGUGAUUGCUGGUGCUGGGAUCUAGAAAGCAAGUUUCCGGAAUAUGGAGAAUUCAAAAUUGCAGAGAAUGUAUUGCAUUUGGUCUAUAACCAAGGAAUGAUCUGGAUGGGAGCUUUCUUUUCACCUUGCUUACCAGCAUUCAAUGUUCUCAAGUUGAUUGGACUCAUGUACCUGAGGAGCUGGGCUGUGUUAACGUGUAAUGUACCACAUCAGCAGGUUUUCAGAGCAUCUCGAUCCAAUAAUUUCUACUUGGCCAUGUUGCUGUUCAUGUUGUUCUUAUGCAUGUUACCAACAAUUUUCGCUAUUGCCCGAUAUAAGCCAUCUUUAAGCUGUGGUCCUUUCAGUGGACAAGAAAAAAUAUAUGAUAUUGUUUCUGAAACAAUUAAAAAUGAUUUUCCCACAUGGUUCAACACAGUGAUUACUUACAUUAGCAGUCCUGUGGUUGUCCUUCCUGCGUUACUACUUUUAUUCAUGCUAAUCUAUUACCUACAAAGUAUUGCAAGAUCAUUAAAAUUCACCAACAAUCAACUGAGAAUGAAGAUCCAAACAGAAAGAACUGAAGAUAAGAAAAAGGUGGUUCAGAUGGCAGUAGCCAGAAUCCAAAAUCUGGAUGGAAAUGACAAAAGACCAGAGCAAGAAAGUGACAUCAGCCAGGAGUCUUCUGCUCGGUCCUCAACUCCCCGAAAAAAUGGCAGUGUCUUGAACUUUGAAUCUCCAGUGAGCAAAGGCACCAGAAUACAAACUAUUUCCCAGUCUGUACUCCAAACUGUGCCCUCAACUGAUGUUGCAAGACCUGUCAAUGCAACUCCCACAACUUCAGCCUCUUUAACACCAGCUCCCUCAGUAUCAAGCGUACAGAAACCUAGAAAUGAUCAUAUCACAAACAGGUACCCAAGUGUUGUUCAUGGGAGUGCAAGUGAGCUCUGUAAAACAAAGCCCUACACACCAGUCACUUUCAAAAAGCACGUUGAAGAUGUCCAUUCUGAGCCUCUCUUUAGAAAAGGCUUUCGGCAGGUAAAUCCGGAUGCUCUUGGGACAGGGGCUCCCGUUUUUGUGGGACGUAGACCAUACGCUACCAGGUAUUUUCUUGUUAACGAAAACCAGUCCCGCAAAAAAUCACUGCGUUCUACCUCCCGACUCCAGAGGCACUUGAGAAAGGAGGAAUCAGGAGACAUUAUUGAAUUGUACCCACGCAAUGUCAGAAGAUAUGUGGUUCAAACACCACACCAGAUGUAUUCCCCUCAUCCCAGUGAAGAUGAGGAGGAUGAAGAGGAACUUGAGAGAGACUUCAUGAACAGAUCUCAUCGCCCUCGCUCACUGUCUGAUCUUCACCCAGCACCACGAUUUUACAUUGGAGAAUGUGCUGAUGGCCAUAUUCUUAUGAGCAAGGACCUUGCCAGAGUGCAUUACAAAUCCUGGGAUGAUGGUUUUGGGCUAGACCUGGACAGGCCUCCAUAUGCUUAUAAGAAAGUGCAUCUGAACUAUCCUGAGCCACGUGUGAAACCAAAAUCAAAGCAAAAGCUGGAGCAAUCUCUAACAGAAUCUGACUCCAUUUCCAUUGAAUCCAGCAGUGAUCCGCAGAACAGCAGCAAUGACCAAUAUAUCCAGGUCAUUCACAGCAAGGAAAAGUAUCCGAAAUCUGGGACAAAACUCAACAAAAAGAAAUCAAAAAACAGUAUUGAUCUAAAUAUGUCUGACCCUAAUGAAUUGAUAUGCUCAAAUGUCUGA